AUGGAGUUUUUAUACUUUAGAUUUAUUUCAAUUGCAGACAAAAGCAAUGAUAGCUUAGAACUUAAGGCACGGCGGGUGCAACUGUCGGAGGUUUUGAGUGGGUUGUGGAUAUGGAGUACCUUGCAAGGAUCAAUUGAUCUUGAUGAUGCACGGAAAUACUAUACCGUUUUGCACACUAUUAAACAGUUAUGUGGUGCUGUCUUGGCUCAUGCUGUACCACCAUACUUAGGCAAACAAGCGUUGAACGGUGGAAAACGCGUUUCAGUUAUUAAUACCGCAGUCAAACUUCGUCAAAGUUCAUCACGAUUCAAUGCAAAGUCGACAAUAGAUCUGCAAACGUUAAAGUCCCUUAAAGAUGCACAAGGCGAAGAAUUAAACGAUUUGUUUAUCAAGAAGUUGCAGCAAUGUUGCUACUGCUUCGAUUUCAUGGAUCCUGUUAGUGAUCUCAGGAAUAAAGAAAUCAAGCGUGCGGCGCUCAAUGAUCUCAUUGAUUGUAUUUCUGCAGGACGUAAAGUCAUCGUAGAAUCGACAUACAGUGAGGUUGUCAAGCUGGUGGACGUCAAUAUCUUCAGAGUCUUACCGCCAUCUGAUAAUCCUGAUUUCGAUCCCGAGGAAGAUGAACCGACUUUGGAAGCAUCAUGGCCUCAUCUUCAGUUGGUCUAUGAAUUUUUUAUUCGCUUUUUGGAGUCACCAGAUUUUAAGCCAUUCACAGCGAAGAGAUAUAUUGAUCAGAAAUUUGUUUUACAAUUGCUGGAACUGUUCGAUAGUGAAGAUCCAAGGGAAAGGGAACUUUUAAAAACUGUUUUACAUCGAAUAUAUGGAAAAUUCCUAGGAUUGCGGGCGUAUAUAAGGAAGCAAAUUAACAAUAUCUUUUUGAAAUUUGUUUAUGAGACAGAAAACUGUAAUGGAAUUGGAGAACUAUUGGAAAUAUUAGGAAGUAUUAUCAAUGGCUUUGCGCUUCCAUUGAAAGAUGAACACAAACAAUUUCUACAGAAAGUACUAAUACCUUUACACAAAGCCAAAUCUUUAAGUUUGUACCAUCCACAGCUUGCUUACUGCGUGGUGCAGUAUUUGGAGAAAGAUGUUACUCUUUCUGAAGGGGUAUUGCAUGGGCUUUUAAGGUAUUGGCCUAAGACUAGCAGUCAAAAGGAGGUGAUGUUUCUGAGUGAAGUGGAAGAGAUUCUUGAUGUUGUUGGCCCCGCACAGUUUCAGCAAAUCCAGGAGUCUCUUUUUAAACAAAUUGCCAAAUGCGUAUCCAGUCCUCAUUUUCAGGUUGCAGAAAGAGCGUUAUACUUUUGGAACAAUGAAUACAUAGUAAGACUUAUUGAAGAAAAUUCCGAAACUAUUAUGCCAAUAUUAUUUUCCUGUUUAUAUCGAAUUUCAAGAGAACAUUGGAAUCAAACUAUUGUGACGUUAGUGUAUAACGUACUUAAGACUUUUAUGGAAAUGAAUGGUAAAUUAUUUGAAGAAUUAACUGCUAGCUAUAAAGGAGAAAGACAAAGGGAGAAAAGGAAAGAAAAAGAUAGAGACGAGGUUUGGAAAAAGAUUGAACAGCUAUCACGUGUAAAUGACGGCAAUGCUAACAAAGGUGGUGGACAAUGA